UGAUAGCUGCUGCACAAAAACAUCACGGGUGGCUGCUGGAGCGUUGGGUACCAGGAAUACAGCACGUUGUAGCAUUUGGCAGUCGGCUGUAGUGACAGACCUCAAACUUUGAGUUUGUUUUAAGUGUUAGUUUACGAGCGGAACUUGUACAAUUUUACGCUUGUUUGCGUAGUUUUGUCCGCGUGAAAGGCUGUGGGGGAAUUUUUGCGAGUUUCGGGGCUACACAAAUAAGUUGUUUUCUCAGCUGCAGUUAGGCCAAAGUUAGCAUGUCGGCCGGCACAAAUCAAGUAAAAAGCUGCCCUAUCCCCACCAGGGUGCUCACCCUGAAGGACUGGUCCCAGCUACCGGACUGUUACAGCCAAACACCCGGGGGUACACUCUUCUCCACCACGCCUGGAGGUACCCGCAUCAUCUAUGACAGGAAGUUCCUCUUGGAUUGUCGAAAUUCCCCUCUUGCCCGGACCCCGCCGUGCUGUCUGCCCCAGAUCCCAGGGGUAACAGUUCCAGCCACACACCCCAUGGGGAAGUUGCAGGAUCUCAAAGAGGAGGAAGAGGAGGAAGAGAAAGACGUUGCAGAUGACAGCCAGUUUGAGAUGGACAUCUGAGCUGCAGUAUUACCUCCUGUGGAGAGUUAGUUGUUGAAAUGCCUCCAAGGUCAUCACUGACCGUAACACAUUACAAAUGAAGCUUCUUCACUUUUUUUUUUUUUUUUUUUUUUUAAAUUAAUAAAAGCUUUUGUCAGGAAUUUCAAAAGAAUGAAAGUGUUAAAGUAGGGUGCUUUUCACCCUAUAAAUGCGUUUAUUGUGCUAAAUGGAUUGUUUGGUUGCUGAUUCACUUUAGAGCUGCAGCAGAAUUAAAAAAAAAAAUCAAUUUUGAUUUCACUUUUUAAAAUCUUUGUAAAUAAGAAACUUGUACUAUGUUGCCUUUUUUAAGUUGGGGGGGGGGGGGUAUGAUAUGAUUACAUUAAGACAUGUAAAGUUAUUUUCAAUGCAUGCAUCAGUUUGUUUUUCUUUUUUUUUUUUUUUUCUCCCCCAAAAAGGAAGGUCCUUUGUUAGAUGGACAGGUGUCUCCUGAUGGUGGGGGUUGACUGCUGAAAAUCAGGUCCUAUGUUGUUUUGUAUAGAGUGAUGGAAUGUGAAAAAUUUCAAAUAAAGGUUGGAUAACUGUCA